GCUAUUGUGUACAGUCACUGUAGACAUUGCACGUCCGUAGACAGGACCCGAGCAGCAGCUAGCGCCGUACUAAUGUAUACGAGGCUGUUAGCUAGCCGCGUAAUGAAUGUGCUGUUUUAGACUUCAGCAAAGGUGUGUUCAUGGACUAAGACACGCCCUGGAAAUGCUCCCCCACGCCCUGCCGUUGUUUGAAAACUAAGUAUAGUGAGUUUCUUCACAUGUUAAUUUACUGGUUAAGUUUGACAGCAGACCAGAGGAGUGUCCAGCUAACCGGGCUAAGGCUAACUAGCUAACUAGCUAGACGGCUACAACACAGCGCAGCUAGCCUGUUAGCAAUCUGUUUUGUGAACUACUUUGGCGUGUCUCCACUCCGGAUAAACUACGUAUUUUAACCUGAAACGCGUAAGUACACCUUCAGAUCAUAUCUUAACGACUGUAAUAGCCCAACAGAGUAACAACACUGGUGUCAAAGUCACAUUUGGACCUGCUAACGUUACACCGCCUGUUCGGUGGGUGGCUAGCUGAGUUACAAGCAGUUUGUCAACAAAACGAAAACGUUAUGACAGAAAAUGCAGCUCUGAAAAACACGAUCAACAGAAUAAAAAAUUUACAGAGCAAGAUACACCACUCAUGAACAGCUAUGAGGGGCUCUAUUAGAGUGAAACGUGAGUUAUUGUUGAUUGGACUCAUCACAAAUCCAUAGGAAAGUCUUUAUCAUUUGAAUUUUUAUUCUGUGUUUAAUUUACUCAAACAAUCAAUAAUAAAGUUGUAAAACCAUUCCAGCUUGACACUUCCUGGAUACAUUGUUUACAUCUUGGAUGAAUCGGUUUGAGAACAACACACAGUUCUGUGGCUUCUGGUCCUAAUAGAUGAUGUUUGUGUUGUAUGUCAGGGAGGUCCUGAUCAUCAGCCUCAUCUUCUACUAAACACUUUUGUUUUUCUUAUUUACAAAAAUUCAUGUCAAACUAAGCUGUUAAUUUUAUCACUGAUCAUAUUUACUGCACAGUUUGGCAUGAAUUUAUCAGAUAUGCAUAUUUCUACUCGUGAUGCUGGUAACAGGUUUAGGCUUUCACUAUAAAUCCAGCAAAUACAGAAUUAGUGAUACUGUGUUAUUACUUAUGAAUAAUUAUAUAAUUUGCAUGAUAAGCAAAUUGAUUAAAUAAAUCAUGUCUUAAACUUAUUCCACUCAAAUGUAGAAUAAACAGUCUAGUGUAUAAUGAGGCUUAGCAAUGACACAUGACAAAUGUCUAUUGUAAAACACAUGUUUUAAAUCACUUCUUAUGUUUUGUGAACUUUGCUGAGGGUGUCAAAGAUGUUGUGUUGGACAGGCCAUGGACCAACAAGCUCAAAAAGACAAUAAAAACCUACGAUCUCUACCACAGAGAUGUGCUUGUUGUCCAAAGGUUGUUCAGCCACCUUCUCAGUCACCUUUUUGAACUUUUUUUGCACUAUGUCUAGGAUUUUUAUCCAUCCUUUUAAAAUCUCGAGUCAUUUUCUCCUGUUGAUUUAGUGAAACUAUCCUAUUCCAUUGUUUAUUUAGUAUAUAUCAAGUUGGUAGUGUUGCUUUAUAGCUCUACUGAUACUUAUUAUAUUUCACAAAGUGCAAGUGUCUAUUUGGCUGUUUUUUAUUUCUACACAGCUGACAUUUUAACCACAGGAGUGUAAAUUUUAAGUGACUUGUGAAUUGUUUUGCAAAUUGUACUCAGUUUACACCAGCUGGCAUUAAUAAUCGGGGUGAUAUCUUUAGCUUAAUUUGCUGAUCCCUUAUCAGUUAAAAAGAAAAGUUCCUGAACAGCUCUAAUCUGAUGUAUGAUAAGGGUUUGGACAGUCCUAGUUGUUUUCCAGUUUUCCCUAUUUUGUUGUUCUUGUUCUGAUGGUACCGUCACUUAGCACGUGUUCCUGUCAUCAAUCUUUAAUUUUGCUGCUGGUGAUAAAUGAUCAGCUGUUGAAAAAGUAAAGAGCACUGUUUGAUGAAACUGAAGGGCAGGGUUUCACUUCUUUCCCUCUGUGUUUCUUCCACAGUCAUGUGAACCCCGGAUGAGAUCUGGACCUGAGCCUUGAGCCAUCUAUGAUGUCCAGAGCUUUUCCUGUUGCAUCACCUGCUUCCUGUUGGUCCAUUUAAUCAGCCAUUUACUAUAACUCCUUCACCAGUCCUGUAUCUCUGCUUUAUAACAGUAUGUUAAUAUACGCUGACCCCUCCCAACCCUCUGGGAUAAGAAUCCCUCAAAAUCAGGCUCUCCAAAUGAUAUGAUAGUAGCAGCCUGGAUAACUUACUGUGCCUGCAGGAGCCUUGCUCGGGUUCUGCUCUUCUUUUCCUCCUCAAACUCCCCUCCUCCAUUCUGGGAGACCUUCACAAGUGUUGUCUCCAGCACCAGAACCAUGGGAAAUAGCUGUGUGUGCCGGGAGGACAGUGACUUGGAAGACCAUCACCGUGGUUCAUCAAGAACAAAUCGGGGACAAGCUAGGCGGGUUGACCAUGGCACAGGUGUAGGUGUUGAUGCUGGAGAGGCCCGAAGCAGUCGACCUAGGGACCCAGUCAGGCCGCCACGUCGAGGGAGAGGGCCCCACGAGCCGAGGAGGAAGAAACAAAAUGUGGAUGGCCUGGUGCUGGACACAUUGGCUGUAAUUAGGACACUUGUUGACAAGUAAGUCAGAUACCAGUUGCGUUUUGAUGAUAAAGUGAGAGUUGUCUCUGUUGUUCAAAUGAUGGUGUGUGUUGUGCAGUGUUGUUUACGUUGACAAUGACGUUGACAAAAACGAAAACAACACUGCAGAAUAUACAGUAUGUUUAGCGUUUGACUGACGAAAUGCUCAUGAAUUUUGUAACUCUGUUUGUCGUCAACCACUAAUGUUUUCGUCUCGUCUCGUCAACGUAAACGCACAUUCAUCUCGUCCCAUUUUAGUCAUCUAAGACUUAUGUUUAGCUUGUCAACGUCACGUCUUCGUCAUGAAAAAAAAAGGGGCGUUGACAAAAUAUUUUCGGCGACGAAAACAACACUGGUGUUGUGACAAUGUUUUGGUUGAAUUUCAUGAACGCUUGCUUCAAAGUAUUUGUCUGUAAAACUCAGGCUCUGACAAACUCAUUCACACAACAUCAAAAUAGAUAUAAAGAUAUUUUUCAGGAGUUAAACUGUUGGUGGACGUUUUGCUGUCUCACUCAGAAAUGUGACAUCCACGACUUGUUUACAAGUAAAGUCCUGCCUUUGGGACGACUGAUUUAAGUGUAAUUUUUCUUCAGAACGAAGUACACAGAGCAGCAAUUAUGCUGAAAUCUUAACUGCUUAACCUUAACUAAUGGUCAGCCACAUUUACCAUUGAUAAGUUCUACGAAGAAAUUCAGCACAUGGUUUGUAAUUACAAGUUGAUGUGAGUGUUUAUUCAUGAUUUGACUGAAGAUAACAACCCUCUUUCGGCUUUGUAGACUUCGUAGAAUGAAAAGGUCAAAAUGUUGCAAAAUAGAAAAGGUCUUAAAAGGUGGAGCUUAAUUUUUUUAAAUAAAUUGCAGACAGUCAGAUAUCUUCCUAUAGCUAUACACAAUGAAAUCAAAAUGGUGCAAUUCUUACAAGUACAAAUAAAACAGAAUGUGAAUCAAACUUAGUACAGAUAAAGUAAAGGGAAACAGUUUUGUGGUUGAGACACUAUUUUUCUCACAGUGAUUUUGAGAUCUGUUGAUUGUGCUGACUGUCACAACUGUCUCAUGAUCAAUGGAUGUCAUCAAACUUCUCUGUCAUCAAAAGUGUUUCCAUGUAUACAUGUAUUAGCAUUUCAGUCCAAGGCUUUUUGCUGCAGGUCAAAAGCAACACAGCAGCUUUACAAAUAACACUCUUAUUAUCAUAACCUAAUGUAAUGUUUGUUGUCUAAACUAAGGUCAUGUGUUAUUGUUGUUGUUUUAAAAAGUCUAACUGGAAAAUAUAAAUGCAAAACACACAGUUGCAGGCACUAAAUAAAUAAACCACCCAUUUUAAGAUAUGGACUGCAGGCUGAUAGUGUACAGCCAGGGAUAGAAAAACCUUACACCUGCUCCACUGAGGUCCAGGCUCCACGCACGCAGCUGCAGAUGUUGGGACAUUUACUUCUUACUUCAAAUCGGUAGAGCAGAUAAGAGAAGAGUUUGUAAAAGUGAGUUUCCUUGCUGUGUUGAGUUUCCUGUCACUGUCCGGAUGACCUGCUGAAAUGAUUUAGCAAGAUUAUUUUAUUCUUUUUAGUGGACCUUAGAGCUGUAGUCCUGUGUACUCUGAGUUAUCAUUAGCUGAAAGCUGGUUGAUUACUGUGGAGAAUCUGACUAACAGCUGUUCCUGGGAAUUAUCAAUGCAGUUUCAUUAUUCGUUUAUUGCAUUAGGAAACCUGAGGAUCUAACGCUGUGGCUGUCAAAACAAAACCAGCUCACAGCUUGAGUUUAGGCAGAAUAAGCAACAUGAACAGUAGCAUCAUCAAAAACAUCAACUGGAGUAUUAUCCAUCACAGUCAUAUGAUGCCUUCAUCUUUCAUGAGACAGCAGUACUGUCACUAGCUUUUAAUGAUAUAUCAGGAACAGGCAUUAGUAUUUCAGACCGAAUAACACAGUGUUACUAAUUCUUUCCUAUGUUUGCUUAUGUUUGCUUAGAAAUAUGCAUAUGAAAGAAUAUAGUGCACCAUUUGGGGUAAAUGUUUAAUAAAGAUUAGAGAAACAGUCUAGCUCAAUGUUUUCAAAUUCUGUUCUGUUUUCCAGUGACCAAGAGCCCCCAUACUCCAUGAUCACUUUGCACGAGAUGGCAGAGACAGGUAAGGAAAAAGUGAACACAUUAGCGGUCUGAGUUAUAAUCACAGAUUCACAAGUAUCAUUCUUAUACAUUCAUUAAUUUCACAACAUUGAUAAUGUAUAAAAUCACAUCAUGAAUUCUUUACAAACAUGUAUGAGUGUUAUUUUCCCCACCUCUUGAAACAAAAAUAACAAUGAUUAAAUAGUUCAGAAACCUAAGACGGAGCUAAGAAAUCUAUGUAUAGUAAUUUCUUUGGUUUGAAAUAUUGUAAAAAUACUGGAAAUAUGAUGAAAUCAUCACGCUGGUUAUUGAUGACUGAAUUGCGAUUGAUUAAAUCUCAUGAUAUCGGGUUGGAAUUGUAAUUUAAACCUUGUAAUUGAACCUACCAUGCCCACUGUUUGACUCUAUUUAGGUGGAAGGAAGCAACCUUGAAUGGGCACAGACCAAAGCCCCUAAGAAGCCGUUUUUCUCCACCUCGCUGUUUCGCUGCCGUGUUGCUGUUUUUGCUUUGCACUGAAAAGUCCAUCUCUCCCUCGCCUUUUUUUCUAACAUGUUUAUGUUUUAUUCAACUAUUCAUGAAGUCAGUUGCCACUAAUGUAAUAGAACUCAAUUAUUGUAUGAUCUUUACUUGAGUGUGUAGUGCUGGUUGUUGAUCCUGAAGAUGCUGAUGUUUAAUAAGUUUGAUCCUUUAGCUGUAAAACUUUGCAUCAGGGUUUGGAGACCGCUGAUCUGUCAUCUUGAAUCACUGCUUGGUUAUUCUUGGCUUUCCCAAAAUGCUCCCACACAACUGACCUCUUUUGUUUUUGGUGUGGAUUAAGCUUUGCUGCUUGGUUGCUCUGCUGUGGUUAAGCUAAUGUAGCACAGCCUUCAUGACUCUUGAUGAGCAGCGCCUCACAUUAGAUUGGUGCACCACGGGUGUCACUUUGUUUUAAUUCCAUGCAGGUUGCACCGAGCAUGGUGUACCAUUCCCUUUUUGAUUGAGUCAACAGAAACACUCAGUGUAGUGUAGUUAAUGUUGAAACAGGUUAAUUGCUAUGUCCCUGCAGUGGAUAAUAAUCGAAACAGAGUGGUCAUUUAAAAGGCUGACACAAAAUAUACUUGGCAGUGUAAUGCGCACUGAGUGUGUUUGAUAUCAUUGUACUGAAGUUUACACACCAGGGAAAGAUUUGUCUUAACAUGUUCACAGAAACGAAAGUUAAUGCAACAGACAAGUCAUACCAAACCAAACUACAACCAGUCUUGUCAGUGUUUUUGUUAUUUUGACUGUAUUUAUUUUAAGCAACACAAAUGAAGUGUAUUUAAGUCAUUGUAAAUCCGUCUUGAAUAUGGUAUCACUUCUCCUCAGACUGGCCUUAUCUGUGCUCCACUCUGGUUUCCUCUGCCUCCCCUGCAUCCAAGCCUCCUGUGAUAACGUGCUAAACGCUCUUGGUACUCUGAGUUUGAAGUGUGGUCCUUUACUAUCUGUCAACAUCAAGUUAACUAUCUGUCCUUAAUACAACUUGUGUUUUAAUGGAAGCUCAGGCAUGAAAGUUGUAGAGGGGAGACCAGAAAGUAGUCUAUUUAUGAAAUCUGUCUUUGUUGUACUUCAGCUCUUUGACAGAGGUUUUUAAGUUGUGUUUUCAUGAUAUUGUCAGUAUAGCUGUAUGACAGUAUUUACUUUGAGACUAAACACGUUUGAACACUUGGAUAGUUACUGCAGCUUUUACCACCAUCAAAAUUCCACCAUAGUGGCUCAAAAGUGUUUCACCUUAAGGAGAAAAUGAUUCAGAGGUCGAAAAAUGAGAAAAUCAAAAUUACAUUGUUUUUAGGUUGAAAUGAAACCACCAGCUGUAAUGAAGCUGUACGGUUUGGGCAUGCCACAAAUUAGCUGGAGGAUUUAUUGUUUAUUCUGCCUGGUGGAAAGUUCAGGAAUUUUAAACAGGUUUCUGAAUGUGACGUCUCAGUCCCCUCGGGCAGAGCUUGUGUAGAGUUUCCGCGAACUGCUGAGACAAAGAUAAUUUAGUAGCUUUGUAAGCAGCUGACGCCAGAAGUUCUAUUCCCCUGAUCCCCCGAUCCUCUGAUCAGUGACAUGAGUUGCCUUUUUGAUACCUCAUUCAAACCACUUUAUCUGUGAUAAACAACAAAUUCAGCAAUCUAAACAUUAGGUUGAUCUAACAGCAAACACAGUUCAUUUGAGUUGAAUUGUGUUGUGUUUUUGGGAUAGGGUAUACUUAUAAAGGGGAAACCUCUACUGACAAGGCUCACUUGUCUGUUGCUAUCAGUCCAUUUUCCUACGUCAGUGCUUGUCUGACACUCUCUGACCCAGCACAAGGAGCAUGCUGCUACAUCACCUACGGAAGGGAGGUUACAGCUCAAACGAUCACUUUGUAUUUGUGUUUCUGUAUUUUUGUCACUUUUAGUUUUCCAUAUAGAUAUCUUUGCUUGUUGGUGAAGAAUCUAAUUACUGUUAAAGAGAGCUCUUGCUUUAGUCUCAGAGUAUCUCAGGUUUGACUCCACUUGAAGCUGCAGUCAGUGUUUGUGUUUUUGUUUUUAUACGCAUAUAAUGGUGAAUGACACUCUCCUACUCUGUGUGUUUGUGUCUAUUUUUAUGCAGUAGCCUUUGACUCUUUGUGUUUGUAUCCUCUGUUGUCUACAUAUGGUGUUUUAUGCUGGCAAAGCGUGGUGUUGUAAGGUUUUACAACAGCCAAGCUGAGUAUUAGCUCACAGAUACUGAACCCUGAAGGCAGCCAAGCAGCAAGUCAGUCAUUUUGUGUUUGACACGUGUUUGAAUGGUGUUACAUUAUUCAUCAGCCAAUUGGCUGUACCUCUCAUUAGUGUUAGAGUGAGCUUUACUCACUGAGUCAUCUCAUGGACAGGAAAUGGAUGUUUUGGAUUCAUUCUGUGUGUGAUACCCACAAUCCAGAAUAUUGUCUUACUAACCAAGCAGCGUUCAAUUUACUGUCACAUUUUUUGUUAUGAUAAUAGUGAACACCUGUCUGUAAAUGGAUAUUCCAACAGGAGCGUCAUGAUGCAAAGUAAAGCUGCUGUCUGCUCUCCCUUGGAAAAAUAGAAAAGCCAAAGCAUUUGUUCAGUUUGCUAAGACGGUGUUCUGGGCAAAUAUUUUGUUAGUGGAACCCAUGGCUGUUCACUCACUGUUUCAAUUAUUUUUCCAAAGUUGCUUAAAAACUGACAAACUUUGUCCAGCAGCACAUAUGUUAAAUGUUCUCCUAUUAUGCUAGCUGCUCAGAAUUGUUUUGCAGGAAUUUAUAAGAGUGUAAAGUCAUGUUUACUGAACUAAUCUUCCUCUCUGCUUCUUCAGAUGAUGGGUGGUUAGAGGUUGUCCAGUCUCUGAUUCGAGUGAUCCCAUUAGAUGAUCCACUUGGUCCUGCAGUGAUAACCCUUCUAUUGGAUGAGUGCCCCCUACCAACUAAGGUAAGUGUCUUAUCUUUGUGUACUCGGGAUGAAGGAUGUUGAUUUUUAUUGAUACUAAUCUUGAUACUAAUCGCACUUUUAAAUAUCUUGGCAUUAGUGAUUCAAAGGGAAUGUUUUAAGCCAAUCAUAGUUUAUGUCAGGAAGGGGAUCAAACUGAUUUCUUUACCAAACAACUGUUUUAUUCAUUUUUUUGACCAAACCCUAAAUUUUAAUUCUUUUGACAUAACAUUUAAAUGCAUCAUGAUGAGCUUUUGUUUCCGUCGACUAAUCUAAAUACAUUAUCUGACCUUAAUGUCACCUUGUUUAGUCAGCUAACUGGAUAUUGUCCUGCCAUUUCAACACGGAUUUAAACAUUGGAUUACCAUCUUUACCAUAUGGGAGAUCUUACAGAGUAUGGGUGUGAUUACCACAAAGGGGGAGGAUGACUGUUCUGCAGCAGCAGCAGUAACCAAAUAUUGACAAAGGUUUUUAACUUAAACACAGCUGAAGAUAUCUCCUUUGAGUAAUGUGUCACCUGUUGGCUGGAAAUUACAUUUUAUUCAAGAACUCUGGUGGAUAAUCUUUGCAUGUUUGUUCGCUGAUGAAUUGAAUGAUGCGCUCAGCUGGACUUAAAGUUUGCUUUAUAGAAUCCAAGAGACUUGAUAACCGUAUCAAUACGUUUAAGCUACUGAUUUGGGUUUUUAAAAAUGUUAGACAAGGUCCUCAUUGAAACCAUGUUCUGAACCCCAUCCCUGAUCCCCUGAGAGUGGUCCUGAAACUAGAACAUUGCUUGCCUCAAACCUUUAACAUCCUGCAAUGAAACACAUAGAAUCUCAAACCUUACCCACAUCGGUCCCUCUGCGGCGAGUGCAGCUCUUUUCAAGAAAACAGUCACUGCCUUUGUCUUCAAAUUGACCUUUUCUGUCAUGAAUAUUGUUGGGAAUUUGCAUAUGUGUGUGUAACAUCAUAACAAACUGAGUCAUUUGGCAGGCUGCUGAUUCACUCCAAAUCACAUGCAUACAGAUAUUUUGGAACGUUUUCUGUGACUUUUUCUGAACCAAAAGUUUGUUGUAGUUGGUAAACGGAAAAAAAACGGAACUGAUUUCAAUUUUGAAGGUGAUCUAAGUAGUGUUGGGCAAUAUAGCAUCAAAAUUAUAUCACAAUAUAUCAAGUCAAUUUGCUAUAACGUUACUUAUGACGAUAUGGAAAAAAAAUUACAUAUUAGUGAUUGCUGCUUCUGAAAAACAGGACAGGAGUUUUUUAUUUUUAAAUGUGUCCUCAAACAUAAAAGUUUGACAACAUUAGCCCUGUUGUCUGUUGUUACACACACGCCUGUUUGUCCUCGUGUAAAAUUAAUGACUCAGGAAAGUCCCUUAAUCCACUCGCAAUAUUUUCUCCUAUGUGAUCCACGGGAAAAUAGAUGAGUGUUGUUUUCGUUGACAACGACGUUGACGACAAUAUUUCAUCAACGUCAUCGUCAACGAAAACAACACUGAAAUAGUUGGUUUUCAAGACAGGAGUUGUGCAGCUUCCAGGCAUAGUCUAUGUAAUGAACCUCUGGGCUGAUAUGGGGUUCGGAGGUUUAGUUCAACCACGUCAGUCGUACAGGCAAUUUUUUAAAUUAAAUUCGACAGCCUGAAUCGGCACCAUGUCUUUGGCCUAACAAUACGUGACCACUUCGGUAAUGUACCGUCUUUUUUUUUUAUUGUAUGGAGUGCAGUGAGCGCUCCUGCAAUGCUCCGUUAAGUCAUUUGUUUACUGUUACUCUGAACACCAGUAGCUGCUUUCAUGUGCUCAUCACAUGCCUUCAAAGCCUGCUCAUAUUCAGCCGUGUGUUUUAGGUCGUAAUACUUGUUAGCCGCGUCAGCCAAACCACAUCCACAUCACAGAGGUAGCUCCCUUUUUUGGCACUAGAUCCUCAUUUGAGAAAGAAGUUGACUUUGCUGUGCUGCUCUCGCUCUCCGACAUUGUUGUUGUGUAUACAGUAGGGAACGUUAUGCGUCAUCGCGCCCUUUCAGUGUAAAUACAGUAAUAUGACAAAUUUAUAUCACCAAAAAAUGUACACCGGUAUUACCGUACACAGUGUGAUAAGGCACACCCCUACAUCUAACUGCUUGUGUACCAUAUCAAAGUUUGAAAGUCUGGUACUUACAGUGGAAAUGAAAAACUUUGGUUGAAACAGGUAAUCAGCUUACAGUGCCGAGCAUAAGUACUCAGCCCCAUCAGGCUGUUCCACAAAGAACAGUUUUGCAACUUGGCUUCAGAUCCACUUAUUCAGGCUUUUUCUGAUGAUUAGCAAACAGAGGCAGUUCAACAAGAAGACAUCUGUUUGAUGCACAAACAACCGACCUUGUGAGAUUUCCCUGAAUAUAAUACAUUUUUCUGGAAGCAAUCAAAGGGUAUCUUUAUCUUGUUUUGUAAUGACCCCCCCCAAAAAAAUAAAAAAUAAAAAUAAAUAAAUAAAAAUAAAAAUAAAAAUAAAAAAAGUAACACACACACACACACACACACACACACACACACACACACACACACACACACACACACACUACAUAUAUAUAUAUAUAUAUAUAUAUAUAUAUAUAUAUAUAUAUAAGACCACCUAUGAAAAAGUUCAAGGGGGGUGGAUGACUUUUGCAGGGCUCUGUAGUUAGCUCCAAAAGCAGAACUUUGACAUGUUAUGAUGGUGCUUUGCUUUAUUGUUUGUUUUUUAUCUCUGCUUUCCAACUCUUUUUUUCCAUAAACAAAUAAAAUCUGCUUUUAGACCCCCUGCCGCCCAUCUCCAAAGUAAACUGAGGACAAAGGACAUAGAUACUCAAAACAAUAUGAACUCUCCACAGUUUGCAACAGAAAAGUAUGCUCCUCUCCACAAAACACUUCCUGACUCUGGACUGAAAAUUUAAAAUAUAAAAAGUUUCCUGCAUAGACACUUAAAUUUUCUCUGUCCAUCUUCUCCUGUGAAUACUGUGAAAAUGUGUCUAAAACGUUUAUUAAACACAGUGCACCAUCUCUUCUCUCCAGGAUGCUCUCCAGAAACUCUCUGACAUGUUGAGUUUGAGUGCGGCCCUUGCGCGACAGGACGCCCUGAUCCCUGCUAAACACAGAAACACUACAGCUGUCCUCGGAUGCCUGGCAGAGAAACUGGCUGGUACAGACCACCUUUACACACUCUAGUGUUUGUACUCCUUUGGUAUAGGGUCUUUUAUUCUGAUGCUUUCACCAGCCUGUUUCUUGCCUCAGUGAAAGUAGAAAUAUUAAACAACUCUACCCCAUUUGUGAAAAAUUCUCCCUGGUUUUACCAGCUGAACUUGGGUAAAGAAUUAUCAUUGAUGGUGAUUUUGUGACUUAAUGUGCAGUUGGGAGAGGAAGUAGUCUGUCAGAUUAGUUAAGCUAAGCAGCUCUUAAAUACCUAGUCCUCUUAUUUUUCACAUCUAUAUUCACUAAAAUGAAGAGUGAAAACAGAAUGAAAGAGCAUUUUCAAAACUUAGACAUGUAGAUUUUUUUUUUUGUUAUGCUCUUGAGAAACAAAGUAAUUGUCCAUUAAUUAUUCAAUAUUUGGAGAUCCUAGAAUUAUAUUUUUGAAAAACAGCUCCCUGACUCUUUUUUUUUUCUUCCAUUUUUCAGGUCCAGCCAGUAUUGGAUUAUUGAGUCCUGGAACCCUUGAGUACCUUUUAGAGAGCCUGGUGGGUUAACACACAUCCUGUGGUACUAGCCUGCAUGCCAAUGAUCAACUUUGAUGUGAAUGUGUUUAAUUGAAAUGUUCAGCUGUACCAAAGUUCAGCCUUAAGAAAGAUAAUCUUAUAGCUUCACUUGUCUUAUCAGGAACAGCACUGAGAUACUUCCUUCUCAACAUAAUGGGAAAUUGAUGAUACAGUUACUGUUUCCAAGUAUUGACCUGACAAAAAAAUUACAGAAUGUUGACCGUAAACUCCAUACAGCUCCUUAAGUGUAAAGCCCUUUGUGUGUUUCUUUGGACCGUGUCUACAAACACACUGAAUUUUUGGGUAUAAUUGAAGUACAUUUAAAAUAUUACUGGAGCUAAAAGAUGUGUGUAGGUGUAUAUAAUUCUUGCUUGUUUAGAUGAAAGGGAAGCAAUGCAAGAACCUGUUAUUUUCAGUUUAAUGAAUACUAAUUAUUACAAAAGUAAAAAUUGUGUUCUGAACAACGUGAGACAACUGAGAAAAGGUCAGUGAGUGCUUUUUAAAACAGUAAAGCUACCAAAAAGAAAGACCCUAAAAUACACUUAACUGGAGUAUCUUCCCAGUAGAAGUAGAAACUAAAACUGACUAAGCUGUCAACCAAAACAAGUGAGCUCCACCUCCUAAUCAAGUGUAAAUAACAGAAACAAAAACUACACAAAUGAGUGAACAUGGAGAAAAAAUCCAACUAAAACCUGUCCUAGCCCAGGGAUAAGAUGGAAACUCCGCGGCACAAUAAUCAAAGCCGCAGCAGUCCUACGAAUCUUACAAAUACUCACUAAUGAGGCAAAGAGCCUAGAGAUGGUGGAGGGAAUCUAGGGGAGCCCGUCAGCUCUCGCUGUUUGUGGCUGAGGAGUUAGACCCGACCUGAGAUCCACACCUCCCUCUGAGCCACCAUGCUCACACACUUGCAGACAUUACAGGUGGUUAAAAACACACUCACAGGGAGGGGUGUGACUGCAGCCCUAAAAAAUGAACUUGAACUGAAGUAAAGUCUUACCUUGCAUAGAAAAUGAUAUUCUUAGUGUACUAGCAUAACUUAUAGCACUGUAUAUAGCAGCUGUAUAGUAGCUCUGUAUGGAUUUAAUAGGUGUGAUUGAUAUAAAUAUAGCUAAAGUUGUUUUAUAUUUCUGUUUUAGGUAUGUGAAAAAAAACUCUCAGUUGGCAAAAACCAAAAACCAUUUGUUUUUUUGUCUUGUCUGUUUUUUUUUCUGCAGAGCUCCGAGGCGCACCCUACCGUCAUGCUGUUUGCUCUCAUUGCUUUGGAGAAGUUCUCCCAGACCAGUAAGUUUAUCAGCACUGAAUUUGAGGACCAGAUCGUAUCCAAGUGUCAUAGUGAGAUAACUGAAAACCAGGGACAUAGUGACAGAAAUAACUUGGAGUUGAAUGGUUACUUUAUCAGCUUAAUGAGCAAAGAGACUCCCAUUGCAACGACAACAGGCAGUUUAGUGUCCGUGACUUCUCUGCUGGUUGUUUGUUUGCCUUUGCAAUUCAAAUAUUGUGCUGUGAGGCGGAGGCAAAGAUGUGCUGUCCCUCACAACACUUUCCUCUGUUUAUUUACAAACCAGUCAGUGGAGAGGAAAGUUGUUGUGAGAGCACAACUGUUCUGAAGCUUGUAAAUAGCUGGAACUCAAACUCCCUUCCUGUUUGCUGUAAUCAACACCCUCCAAACGCUUUGCUCUUUUUAAAUAUCAAAAUAAACUACAGGUGCUUUUCCUAUAAGCCUUGGAAACUGUUUGUUUAGAAGUUUUAAACUGGCUCUCACACUUGAUUCGUACAUUUCUCUCCUACAUAAGCCUUUACAGAAAUGUUUUCUUUUGUCAUUUUCACUGUUUCUCUGCCAGAGGUUUAUUUUCAGAUUUUGUUUGGUUGUUUUUUUUUUCACACAUGCGUCGUGUGUUUUCUUGCCUCUAGGUGAGAACAAACUGACGGUGUCGGAGUCGUGUAUUAGCAAUCGACUCGCUGUCCUUGAGUCGUGGGCAGAGCACACCGACUACCUCAAGAGGCAAGUUGGUUUCUGCUCACAGUGGAGCCUCGACAACCUGUGUAAGUUACCUAACUGUGCGGAGAGAGGGUCGCGAUAGUAUCUAAUUAUUUUAUGUUCAGACACAUACCAAAGAUGUGUGAUAAUGAUUCAUUUGCUGUCCUCUGUCCAGUUUUAAAGGAGGGGCGUCAGUUCACCUAUGAGAAGGUCAACCUUACAAAUAUUAACGCCAUGCUCAACAGCAAUGACGUCAGCGAGUACCUCAAGAUCUCUCCCACUGGCUUAGAGGUCAGUCUGUGAAAGAACAGCCACAUCUGAUCACAGCAGCCCUAUUAUACAUUCAGGUUUUUUUCAAGUGUUGGUAUAAAAUCAGAAUAAUUUAUGGUUGCUUUCUGCUCUCUCCCCAGGCACGGUGUGAUGCCUCCUCCUUUGAGAGCGUACGGUGCACAUUCUGUGUGGAUUCAGGCGUUUGGUACUACGAGGUGACGGUCAUCACUUCAGGCGUGAUGCAGAUCGGAUGGGCCACCAAGGACAGCAAGUUCCUCAAUCACGUACUUAUCAUUGUCUUUACUGUUACGCACUUCAGCUGUCUAUCUUCUGCAGUCACACACUUAAGCCUGCUGUAUGUCUGUGUGUGUUGCAGGAGGGUUAUGGGAUCGGAGACGAUGAAUACUCAUGUGCGUAUGAUGGCUGCAGGCAGCUCAUCUGGUACAACGCUCGCAGUAAACCUCACUCUCACCCCUGCUGGAAGGAGGGUAUGCACAUAGACUCACACAGUUAUGAUGAAGGAAAUCAUUUCUUACUGUCUCCUAAUGAAGCACUUUGAGGAAACUCUGAGAUACUCCUACAGAAGAGGGAACACCUUCCUUUCAAUUUCAGAGGGAUAUAUUUAGAUAUUAUUUUGUGGUUUUAGCUUCUCUGGGGAGUUUAGUGAUUCAAGCACCUACACACUGCAGCCACAGUCAGCUUUCAGGCUCUAUUUUACCUCCCACACAAAGGGAUAACAAUAACAACACUUUGCCAAGACUUAAUCCUGCUCAGAUUACGUGUUUUCGUUCCUGCCCUGUUUAGGAGAUGCAAUCGGCUUCCUGUUGGACCUCAGCAAGAAGCAGAUGAUCUUCUAUCUGAACGGACACCAGCUGCCACCAGAGAAACAGGUCUUCUCCUCUGCAACGUAAGUUCAGUCACAGACUCUCAACUCGGGUUCCAAUUGCGAGUUUCUGUCUUUCAUUUAUAUUCUGUUGUUCCUUCUCCUUCAUCUUCCCUCACCUUCUCUUGUCUCCUAGGUCUGGAUUUUUUGCGGCAGCCAGCUUCAUGUCCUACCAGCAGUGUGAGUUCAAUUUUGGGGCCAAGCCUUUCCGUCACCCACCGUCUGUCAAGUUCAGCACCUUCAAUGACUUUGCUUCCCUUCUGCCUAGUGAAAAGAUCAUCCUACCCAGGUGAGAAAGUUACUGUUUCUGACUAUAGCAUUUAAAAAUUCAGUGCAACCCUAGAAUUGACCAGUGAGCGUCUCCUUACAAAGUGUAGAGUUGAAAUGUGAACCGUCUUUUUUGGUUGUUAAAGUGCAGCUUUUGUGUUACUCAUUAAUUUGACUGCCUUAAAGACCCUCUGUUGCAUUUUCUUAACUAAACUAGUGUAAUGAUGCGGUAAAGAGAGUCAUAAUACUGCCAAGAUGUGGAGAGACACAGACCAUCAUCAUCUGUACAGCAGAUGUCAACCUCCUCAUUUCUAGACUGGAGCUUCACUUCAAAAAAGACCUUUGUUUUGGCAAGGUUAAGGUCUUUUCUCAAGGGUUUUUGGUAAAUAUGACAGUGGCCAAGUGUACAGGAUACCCUGGAUAUGGAACAAAAAUUAAUCAGUUUUAUGUUAGAACUAGAGAUCUUAUCAAGCAGUUAAUUUCCUUGUUUUUUUUAACUGAAAUUUAAAGCCUGACUUACUGACUUGUCUUGAGGUAAGAAAACAUUGAGUAAAUAGUUGUAAAGAGCACAUAUUAAAAAACAGGGCCAAACUUAGAAUCAGAGUCUGUGAGUAGAUAAUGUCUGAUUGGUUAGCAUGUAUGUUGCAGAUUAGUUGAGCUAUCACCACCAGCCUUUUGUCCUCUGUCCAAGUCCAGGUCCACACACCUCUGGUGGUUACACACUGCUCUGUUUGAGUGGCUAUAAUCCAGUUGAACUAGAACAGCAUUCAUACAACUUAAUCUACAUUCUGAGAUCAGAUAUUGACAAACUGUGCAACAAAAGGAGGAGCCAUGUUUUACCUGUACUUGUUCAUAUCCAGAGCAUUGUGAGGGUGGCUGCACUACAGCUUAGUUGGAACAUAUGACCACCUUCUGUGUCUUUAUGAAUUAGUAUUGAUUAUUUGUUUAAACAAGAAAAUCUUGUGCCAUUAGGUGAUGAAAUUUGAUCAAUCAGUAAACACACACACCUCUCUAAUCAGCAUCGUCUUCUUGCAAAGCUUAAUUCACUGUUUUAUUGUUAAUGUUUUUGAUUCUUUCAAAAUAGUUUUAAUGAACAGUUGAAACUUUGUGAGCAUUCAUGUUGAAGAAAUGUGUCGAGACCGCUGUCCUCUGCUUUAGAACAGUAAUGAUUAAAAAAAGAUCUGCCUGCUUUGUCCAUGAAGACACUACUGGCUCUUUAUAAAUGUGCAGUCAUCCAAGAGGCUGUGUCCGACUAUGCCAAGAGCACAGAUGUCCUCAGCAAAAUAACUGAUAAAAGAAGAUUUCUAAAAUGAUAUUUUAGAGAAAAGCAAUGAUACAAUGAUGUGCUGUAAAUACAUGUAGUAAACCUCCAGGUCAGGCUGUGGCACAGCUCACUUAUAAAGUUGUGCUAACAGCAUCUACCUUGUUUCCAGAAUGAAACAGCUCUAGCUGAAUUUGUACAUGAGAACACUAUCUGCUCUGUGUGUGUACUGGCCGAUCUUUUAAUGUGCAUUGAUGUGUGUUUGUGUGUUUUCCAGACACCGGCGUCUGGCCUUACUAAAGCAGGUUAGCAUCAGAGACAACUGCUGCACGCUUUGUUGUGACGUCAUGGCCGACACUGAGCUGCGGCCCUGUGGACAUGGGUAUGUGUGCAUUAGAAAAAUAAAUAAAUAUUGCUUGAAAAUUAAGAACUAUAUAUCCUGCUCAAAUUAAAAAUAUUUAAGGUCAAAAUUAUUUGGAGAUCAAAUGUUUGACAGCAGUCUGUCUCAGUGAAUAAUUGCAGAAGACUCAACUGUAUUUUCUCCUUUUUAGCAUUUUCUUUGAAUGAAAAAUGAAACCUCCCUCCAUGUUUUUCCUCUUGUCUUGUAGUGGUAUGUGUAUGGAGUGUGCCUUACAGUUAGAGACGUGCCCCCUGUGCCGCCAGGACAUCCAGACCCGAGUCAGACUCAUUGCACACGUGUCCUGACACACUUCAUGCUCCUCCUCCGAUGAGGCGAGACACCCAAGCCCUACAGCUUCCUCCUCCUCCUCUAAUCCCCUCUCACCAAACAAAGCUGUGAGUAUGGUGCCACAGUGUUGUGAUGACACCAGAACUGUUUCUUCUGGUAAGAGGAGGUGACGACGGAGUGACGGGGAGGAGAAAAGGGGACAGUUUAACUACAGAUGGACCCCUGGGAGCUUUAUCUCAUUUACCAACAUCCCCUCUUUUGUAGUCCUCUGACAAAUCACUGCAGGAGUUGGGCCAAGAAUCAUCAACUUUAUAUUCUGAGUGAUUUUCAGAGGAAAACAAGCAGAAGUGAGGAGCAGAAAAACGUAUCCACAUAAAGACAGAACCAACUUCUCAUCUACAAGCCCCAGUGUAUAGUUACCAAACUAUCUGUCAAUGAUAUGAGAAUCCCCCGGAGCUUUCAGCCCAGGGCUACUCCUCUUUACUCCAAUCACAAUCAUCUACAGAUUUAAAUGGACUGAGUAGCAGAAAGAGCAUGGCCUGCAGUGCAGUAUUUAACACAAGGUACCGAGUGGUUUUAGAUGUUUCUCAUUGUCAUUUUAUGGGUAAAACAUGCAACGUUGUAUUUUCAAUCUUUCCCCUUAAAGUUUUACCAAUACCCGUUCUUUGAUUUGCCUGCACUAAGUGAUCGCCCUCCUGGUAUCUGGCAUCAUCGAUAAAGACACCUCAGAGUAAAAUGUCAGAUUUGCUCUUGGUGUAAACAGCUCAAAAGUUGCAAAAUGAUCCUAUGAGUUUGGUUUUCUGAUUUGGUUUACAAAAGCAAAAGUUAAUAAUCAAAUCAGCUGUCACACAGCCAAGAUCACCGAGGACACUAUUUUACUUUUACUAGUUAAAUAUCAAAUACUUGAAUCUGUUUUUGACCUUGUGAUUUUCAGCACAGUUGACCCUGCUGCUUUAUGUGCUUUAUUGUCUUUGCUCAGAUGUGAUGAUGUUUCCUCAUUCUCAGUCAUGUAUGUAAUAACUACAACAGAUAACAGGGAUUAUAAUUUACAGACGGUGAUUCUGUAACUGUGAUCUUGUUUUGUCCCUGGGUUAUGAAAAGAAGUCUCAAAAGGGGGUUGUAGACAAUUUAAUUUCCAUCAACAUUUUCUUGGAUUGCUUGUUCUGUGCUAAAAUGUGGCUACAACUUGAAAUGUCGCAUGACUGUGUGUCAAGCACAGAGAGGCUGAAAAAGAUGAAAUGUCCUGAGACUUUUUUUCCUGUCAUAACAAAUGUGCAUCUAUCAACAUGACUCCUUUCAGUCUAAGUGUUAAAGAUUCAUUCUUCAACUCAAGACCAAAUCUGACAUAGACAAACUUGGAUAAGAGGUACUGCAGGGUGCAUUGGUUGACAGUGUUGUGUUAGUGACAAGUAAAUGGUUUCCAUCAAAAGUGAAGUGGUAAUUUGCUUUUCUAAAUAUGAGUCUGCCCAGUAACCAAAGGUCAGUUGUUAUAUGGUCGUAGUUUGGUUCUUAUUUGAAAUUUAAGUUCAUACUUAAUUAAAACUACGCAACAAAGCAACUUGACACCAAGAAUGUUUGCUGCCCCACAGGAAAAAGUGCAACGUGAAUUGCUACAAAUCAAAGCAGCGUCAGUGAGGUUUAGUUAUAUUCGGAUCAGGAUUGAUCCAUCUGGCAAAAAAGUUUACCAGAUGGAUCCUUGAUUCGGGCUGAGUAAAUCAUGGUUUUCUUCUAUGUGCGUUAUUUAACAAAGUCGAUUUCUCUGUCAAUAUGCUGCUGCUGCUUCUUCUUUCAUCUCAUGUCUCUAUAGGAACCUCAUAUUUCCUUUCUCUCUCUGUCUCCUUUACUCAAAGCACCUCUGGGCUGACUGAAAGACUUAAGUAUUUGGAAACAGGUGACUAUUCCAACGUGUAAGAGAUAGUUGCUCAAGAAAAAAUGUAUUUAUGUAUUUUGAAAAUACUCAAUGACAUUUCAAAUUGUCUCACCAAUUAUUUUUUUUCUAGUCAGGGUGUUUACAAAAGAUUUCUUUUCCAAUGUGCAUGGACAGAAACUGUUGAAUCAUCCAGCCUAUAUCAAAAUAAUUUCUUAAUGACAACUAGCAUCCCUCUCAGUAUGACAGAAGUCUGGUCGGGUCACUGUUUGCUAUCAUAUAUUUCCUGGAGCACCUUAAACAUGCAGGAGAGAGAAAUUAUACAGUUGGAGAUGAAGUUCAGGAUUGUAAAGAAUAAGUUGUAUUUAUAAACAUCUAUUAAGGACUUUUGCCCCAGAGUUCCCAAAGAUGUGGUUGAUUGGAGAAUUGUUGUUUCCUGGAUUGUGAUAUUUGUAAUAAAUGUAUGUACAUGUGAUUA